AUGUCUCCCGUGUUCCAAAGGUUCAGACAACCAGCACCACAGCCCAAUUCUGGCCACGGCCUCCAAGCGUACCUCAUGGUUAUCUUUGUCACCCUCGUCAUGGUGUCAGACUUGGUUUCAUGGGUAUUUUACGUUGUGCAUACUGGUUGGAUUUUGUAUCAAUAUCUUGACAAUCUCGUCCUUGGGGGAGACGGACCUCUUCAAAUCUUGUUUUCCAAAUGGGAUCUUGUCUUGUCGGCUUUGAUGACAGCAAGACUGGGAAUGCUGGCCUACGGAUUUUUGAGAAAACGCGUCCGUCCCUGGGCCUGGGGUCAUUGGAUGUUUGGAUAUUGGGCGGGUCUGGUUCAGGCUGCGGGAUUGACAGGAGAAGGAUCGGACUCGGUAAGUGUCCGGUUUCUGUGA